UUUCCUCCAAAGCCCUAGUCCCCUCCCUUCCUCUCUUUCUCUCUCCUUCCUAACAUACAGCACUGCACAAACACAAGGAAGAAUAUUAAUACGACCAUUAACAAGCGACGAUGAAAAUUUGAGUUUGCUCCACCUUUUUAAGGAAAAAACCCAAUCCCUUAUCAAUCUCGGAAAUCAAAGCUACUAAAAAAAACACCAACAGUUACCCUUGUGAGAGAUUUCUAGUAUUGCUCAACAAAUACUCACAACUUUGCUGAAUAGAGCAAACGACGAACUGGCCACUCACUCUCCCAUCAAUCUCAUCACAUUCUCAACAUCAAUAAAAUCUUCUUUUGCUUCACCAUUUCCAGGAACCCUAGAACAGCAACCCAGAUAAACUAUUCCAAGACACACAACACACAGAAAGAGAGAAUCAAAACAAUUAAGCCUUGGAUCUGCAUAGCAAAGCAAAGAACAAGGGCCAUGGAUUCAAAUAUUCAAGACUUUAUAGACACAUGUAACUCCGACAACACCUGCAACCUCAUCACAAAUAGCAUCACCACCGCCAACUUAACAGCUAGUUCUGCCUCUUCCUCUCCUGCUUCCACCUCCAUCACCAGCAGCAGCCGCUACGAGAACCAGAAGCGCCGUGACUGGAACACCUUCGGUCAAUACCUCAAGAACCACCGUCCCCCUCUCUCCCUCUCCAGGUGCAGCGGUGCACACGUCCUUGAAUUUCUAAGGUACCUGGAUCAAUUUGGGAAGACCAAAGUGCACACACCGAUCUGCCCUUUUUACGGGCACCCGAACCCUCCGGCGCCAUGUCCAUGUCCUCUUAGGCAAGCUUGGGGGAGCCUUGACGCACUCAUAGGGCGUUUGCGUGCAGCUUUUGAGGAAAAUGGAGGGAAGCCAGAGGCAAACCCUUUUGGAGCCCGAGCUGUGAGACUCUACCUUCGUGAGGUUCGUGAUCUGCAGUCCAAAGCCAGAGGAAUUAGCUAUGAGAAGAAGAAAAGAAAGCGUCCACCACCUCAGCAACAACCCAUGCCAAUACCUCAUCACCCUCUUCCUCCUCCAGGUGCAAGUGCAACUCAUUAGAGGAAUUCAAUUCUCACACUCCAUGCCAAAUUCUACCACCUCCCUCUCUCACUCAAUCUUUUUCCUUUGUGUCCAAACUCAAAAAACCUUCAUCUCCAAGUGGGAUCUCUUCUUUUAAUCCCAAUAUGCUUUUAGAGUUAUGAUCUAGCUAAUUUAGUAUCAUGAUAUUUAGGGUUUUUUUUAUUUUAUUUUUCUUUGUUAAUUUUUUUAAGUUGGUGAAAGCUGCUAUAUCUCUGGUCCAUAUAGACUGUUUGUCUUUGGAUCCUGUUUGGUCAGGGAGAAGCAAAAGUCUAAAAUUAAAUUCUGGGAUAUAUCAUGCAUCUCUCUGCUUUAAAAGCAGACAGUGCGGUACUGGUAGUAGACUGAUAGUGCGUGGGAAGUACUGAAAAGUGGAAGUGAGACUGUGAGAGAGUGAAUGGAUAUACAUGGAAGCCAUGAUCCUUGUGAUGAGGAAACCAAAAGUAUGGUAUUAUCAUUCAUAGUUCUAUAUAAUAUAUGUACUUUUCCUUUUCGCUA